UCGGCUGCGGAGAGAGGGAGAGAGCGUCGCGAGGGUGGAGGACAAGGUGGCGGAGAAGGAGGAGACGCGAAGGACAGGAGAAGCCUCCUCCGCGCUGUCGGAGGACAGAUCCGACGUGCGUCAGGAUCCCAGCUGGACGGACGGACGGACGGACCGACCCGACCGACCUCUCUCUCGCCGCCGUCGGAUAAGCGGAGGAAGCGGAGGAAGAGGACGCGAUCGGUCGCGGUCCGUACCGGAAGCCGACCGCAGCGCGGACUACCCUCUCUGACGCUACCAUCGUCCGGUAUGCGCCCGGUACGUGUCUGAGCGAAUAUUUCUCGAUCGCUCUCGCCGCGAUCGGUCGAGACUGACGAGAGUGAAGAAGCUGCCACUCGCGUGUCGCGACACCCGAUUGACAAUUCAGGAAGGGAGGGGGUGGACAGCGUGAACUGAUCGACAGGAUAAUAAAUCGGUGCAUAAACUCGCAUGGCUCGGAGGACCGUCAGCGACGUUCUUACAGUUAGUGUUUUGUUUUCGAGUUCGCCACCCGUCGUGCAGCGAUGAGAUCCAAACCGGUGGCGAGAAGACUGGCACAGGGAAGCAGCGACGAAGGCGAGUCGACAUCGGGUGCGACUGGCGGGGGUGGCGGCAGCGAGAACGCAGAAAUGGAGGAGAACGGAUCGACUCGCACGAGUAGCAACAGCAGCAGCAACAAUCCCGUGUACAAAGAUUUGAAGUUACUUCAGGCCGGUGGCGAGGUUCCGCAGGAGUACAAUCCGCAAUCGCGGACAGCUUAUCAGCAGCGCGGAUACUCGCCGGGGAUAGACCGACAACGGAAUUACGAGAAGGAGCAACUUCAACCGUCGCCGUCUUCUAGGGAGGAAGAGAGGAAAUGGCCAGCCUGGGACUAUGAGAAAAACACGCGGAAAGAGUACUCGAGGUCGCGGGAUUACAAUGAAUACCAGGAUGCGAUAAAGCAGGAGCCCAAGGAUCACUCGAGUCGCGAGUGGGUGUCACCGGUGCCGGAGGUCGAGGUCGGCGGUUCGGCACCCGGAGGCCCGUACGUUCGCGCACGCAAAGACAUCCCUCGUGGCGCGAGAUUCGGUCCGUUCCUCGGCAAAUGGGCGAGUGAGCCUUUCAACCCCCGUUACGCGUGGGAGGUCCGCAUAGCUGGCAGCGGAGUAAGAGGCUGGUUGGAUGCAUCUCACGAGGCGAACAAUUGGCUAAAGUAUAUUCGAAGUACUGCUAGCUCACACGCAGUGAACAUGCGCCACGUACUCAUCGGCGGUCAGAUGGUGUAUGAGGCUGUUCGCGAUAUUGCAACGGGCGAAGAGCUUCUUUUGGGUCCUCGGGAACCGCUUCAGCUGCAGGACAUGCUGGGUGAGAAUACGACCGAGGACAGAAGCGAUCGAGAAACUGCCUCUCAGCACAGUGGAACUGUCGACGAGGACAAGGAGGACGAGGAAGAAGGAGAAACGAGAUGUACUGUCUGCGACAAGCCGUUUCAAGAUAUCGAACUAUUGGAUAGCCACCUGGUGACCUGUCAUAGAUACCCAGCGGAACAGCACCGCUGUGACAGCUGUCCCCGUGCUUACGCUUGGCGGCCACUUCUGGUACGACAUCGUGCUAUCGUUCACGGUGAUCUUAGAAACUAUCCCUGCGAAAAUUGUCCAAAGUCGAACAUCCGGCAGGUCUUCACGGACCCAUCAAACCUACAACGCCAUAUCAGAACGCAUCACGUGGGGGCGAGGAGCCACGCUUGCACGGAAUGCGGCAAGACCUUCGCGACCAGUUCCGGCCUGAAACAGCACACCCACAUUCACAGUAGCGUGAAACCCUUCCAGUGCGAGGUCUGUUUUAAGGCGUACACGCAGUUCUCCAAUUUAUGCCGGCACAAACGCAUGCACGCCGACUGUCGCAUGCAGAUCAAGUGCGUUAAAUGCGGACAAUCCUUCAGCACGGUAACAUCGUUAUCGAAACAUAAGCGAUUUUGCGACUCCACGACUCCGACUGGUCCGCCUGGAACCAUGCCUCAAUUACCGACGCCAGCGACGAGCCCCUUUCUGGUGUAUCCACGACCUCCCGUGGGCCUGCCAGGCGGCUUGCCUUUUUAUCCGCCUAGUCUGAUGGGUCCUUAUCCAGGAAUUUUCCCAAAUGCUUCGAAUUUUCUCAACACUCCUCUGAUUUUCCCGCCGAAAAUCGAAGAGGUCGAGAAGAGGAGCGACAGUCCCAAGAAGGAACGUUUUACCCCUCCAAGAGUGUUGUCGCAACACAAUAAGGUCUCUCCUUCCACGGCGGAGGAGGCCACUUCCACGUUUAGGCCAUCUCCGGCUAGACCUCCUGUUCAACCGACACCGGAAAGUGAUGACGAUCUUUUAAAGAGAAGAGAAGCUAGAAGCAACGAACGAAAAAUAAAAACUGAAAGCACUUUGAAGGAGGAAGCGACCGAGCAACCGUUGGAUCUAAGGGUUCAGACUAAGAAACAGGACGCUAUUUCAAAAACCGCAAUUAAGAAAAGCCGUUCUCCGUCGCCAGCCCCAGUACCGAUGGAGGAAACGCCCGCACCUCCCGAUCGUCCGAAAUCGGAAGAGGAUGCUGCCGCUCCUCCGCCGAUGGAACUCGAGUCUAAGGAUGUCCAAGGAAGUAGCCCGCACUUGAGGACCAGUCUGUCAAUUGAACAACCGCCGACCAAUACACCACCUCACAUGGCUUAUCCCAGACCGAUACACCCGUUGUUCCUCGAAACGAUGUAUCGCGGUCCAACGGGAACCUUCCCGGGAUUUCCCAGCGCACCGCCACCUCCAGGAGGAGGUACCCCGGAAUCUAGGCUGAUACCUCCACUUCCACCCUUCGCUCCACCGCGCGGGCUUCCUUUUUUAGGCUCGCUUAUGAACGGGCUCAGCGGCGCUAGGCCAGGAGCAGGAUUCGAUCUGCUUGCCCGGCCGCCGCUGAGCGCGUUCCCUGGGGUAAAGCCGUUCCAAGAGGCAGUAAUGACGCCCCAUCAUCACCAUCAUCAUCACCAUCACCAUCACGUCCACGGCAAGAUGAAGGAUCGGUACUCCUGUAAAUUUUGCGGCAAAGUGUUCCCUCGCUCUGCCAAUUUAACGAGGCAUCUGAGAACGCACACCGGCGAGCAGCCGUACAAGUGUAAGUACUGCGAGAGGUCCUUCAGCAUAUCAAGCAACCUGCAGAGACACGUCAGGAAUAUCCACGACAAGCAGCGGCCGUUCAAGUGUCCGCUCUGCGAGAGGUGCUUCGGACAGCAGACCAACCUCGACAGACAUCUGAAGAAGCACGAGGCUGACGACGGUAGCGGAGUGGUGUCGGUCGCCGAUUCGCCUGGAAGCAGCAACGAAAACGAGCGAGAGGAUACCUACUUCGACGAGAUCAGAUCCUUCAUGGGCAAGGUCACUUACGGCGGUGAGAGCGGCUACGGGUUGCCGCAUCACCCGGCCUAUAUUCCCAAUCGUCUGCACGAGAUAAACGAGUCCAAGAUGGAGGUCGAGUAUGACGAGGACGAGGACAGCGAGGAAGGUGUGUCUCCGUUGGAGGAGACAGACGGACUGUCGCCGAUCGAGGCCAAGGAAUCCCCGUCGCCCUCGCAGUACGACCUGAAGCUGAGGGAGAAGCAGGAGCUGCUCAAUAAUAAUACCGCGGAGCCGGUGAUCGAAAUUUCGACAUAGCCCAGAGGUCAGUCUGGGUGAUCUGCGUGAUCGCUUCGAAGGACGAGGAGAACUCGUCGUUCGUGUACAGAACUAUUGUGGGAUAUACGUUCGUCUUAGAACUCUCGAUCGUGACGGCGUUACCUUCAGGAAUAAUGUCGAUGCAGGAUUAUUUAGCUUAGAACGGUCCGCGUACUUAGACUUUGCAGAAUAUCAACCAUUUGCUUCUACAAGGCGAACAAUUCUCGAGUAUAAUCGGGUUAUUCUCCGUGAUUAUAUCGCGAUCGAUACCGUAAAUCCAUGGAAGACAACCUAUAAUAAUAAUUAUAAUUAUACAUUGAUAUAUCCGUACCGGAAUUUUUCAGAAAGAAUUUAGUGAACCCUAUUAUACUUGUAAAACAGGUGCUCUGUAAAAAAAAAAACGUAAAGAACUCGACGAACGUAACGAAGAUUCUUCUUAUGUAAUCCUUUUUUACACUCCACGUUUGUUUGCACUG